CUGUCUAUGGUUACCACGGACGCCGUCUCCUCUCAGCGGCGCUGUUAGCGAGCGAGCUAACGGCUUAUUCCUUCACAACACAAACCAGUACUGGACAUUAGAGCUCAGCCGAGGACGCAGUGACAGCCUGUGCUAACGGUUACUGAGGACAGAAAAUAAGGAGACACACCUCGCAAUGUCAUUUAUAUUUGACUGGAUCUACAGAGGGUUUAGUGGUGUACUACAGUUCCUUGGUCUAUAUAAGAAAUCAGGGAAGCUGGUGUUCUUAGGGUUGGAUAAUGCUGGAAAGACGACUCUGCUGCACAUGCUGAAGGAUGACAGACUGGGACAGCAUGUGCCUACACUACAUCCUACCUCAGAAGAGCUGACCAUUGCUGGGAUGACAUUCACCACAUUUGAUCUUGGUGGUCAUGUACAAGCCAGGAGAGUGUGGAAGAAUUACCUCCCAGCUGUGAAUGGAGUGGUUUUUCUUGUCGACUGUGCAGAUUAUGAGCGUCUUGCUGAGUCCAAGGUUGAGCUUGAUGCACUGCUGUCAGAUGAGACUAUAUCUAAUGUGCCGAUCUUGGUGUUGGGGAACAAAAUUGAUCGGCCGGAGGCAGUGAGUGAAGGGAGGCUACGAGAAGUCUUUGCUCUUGAUGGACAGACCACUGGGAAGGGAAACAUGUCACUGAAGGAGCUGAACGUGCGUCCUUUGGAAGUUUUCAUGUGCAGUGUCUUAAAGAAACAGGGCUAUGGAGAAGGUUUCCGCUGGCUCUCUCAGUACAUUGACUGAGGGGAGAGUUUUCUGAUUGAAAAGACUCGUAUUGCUGAGUUCUGAUGAGCGACGGAGAGAGAACACCUUCAUAAAGGGACCCAGGAAGAGUACUGGGUAUUUGGCUUAAAGACACCCGUCCCUCCCCAGCCCAAAACCUUCAACAUUCCAUCCAGGAAUACCAGAUGUGAUUUUACAUUGUCACCUGAAACUGAAACAUAUAAAAGUAUUUAAUGCUAUAAUCUGGGCCAUCUUUAUGUCACAUCACACGUAUGUACACUAUUUCUGCGUUCUGUAUGUGUAUGUGACUAAUUUGUCGUGGUGUAGUUUUAAUUUGGUGUGAUACAGCAGUUUGGCCUGGAGCUCAGUAGCUGCACCAACUUUUGUUGACCAAGGAUCACUGCGUACUGCCAACAUGUUAUAAUGUAGUUCAAAACUAUGAAUCAGAAAUAGACAAAAAUCACAAAAGACAACUGAGAACAUUUGAAAAUUAAUGCAAAACGUCAUUCAUUAUGACAUACAGUACUGCGCAAAGGUCUUAGGCAUCUGAAAAAAUGAUAUGUAAAGCCAUGUGUCUUGGCAGUAGGUGUUCAUUUGUUACAAAAACACUAGAAGAAUUCAGUAACUGAUUAUAUGUCUGUGAGUGUGUUAGUUUAACCUCUUCCACAUUCUCCUCGAGGAAUCCCAGUAUUUACUGUUAAAAUCCACAAGCUCAUCUAAUCAAUCCUUCAUUAAAUUAGAUGUGCUGCUGAUGGAAUUUGACAAACGUAUGUAAUGACUGGAGAGCAGCGAGAAGGCAGGAGCCAAACAUAUACCUUUAACCAAGACAUUAACUUUAAGAACAACAAACGAAAGUACUGUAUUUGUGUUGUAUUAUUUGUAUUUAUUCUUAUGUCAUAUAGUGUUUUAUAGGCAAAGCACACUUACUGCCAAGAUAAACAGCUUAAAACAAUUUUCUUGUCCUUUUUGACUUUUGCACAUUACUAUCUGUUGCUUUAGUACUUGCUUUUAAUUUAUUGCAGAAAGUGCAUGGUGUAUCUAGCUCUUGAAUGUUUAUCAUUAUUGAUAGUUAUUUUGCCUCUUUAUUUGAGAUUAAUAGUGAAAAUACAUGUGGCCUCUGGCCCAUGUUUGUCUGUACUCGCUGGGUACCACCAUUAUUAGUCAGUAUGUAUUUAUAAAGCAAUAACAUUAAGCGCCACAUGAGUAGUUGAAGAAUGCACUGGAAGGAAGAUAAUGUUCCACAGAUGUUUACACUGGGAACUUGUCCAUGUCCAUGUAUGUUUAAAUGUGAAUAGGCCUUUGGGCAGGAAUUACACAGACCACCCUUGUAUCAUAAUGCGCAAAGUACGGCUAGCCUCUGAAAUACGUUACUAAUCUGAUUUUCUCUGAUAUGUUUUAAAGUAAAACGAAGUGUACACUAUAUGUGUCAUAUUGUAGAUAAUGUUCAUAUUAUGUUGAAGUCUAGAUAUUCUUGCUAUAUUAUAGGGUUGUGUGUAUAAAAAUUCAUCUGAGAUGCUGCAGGUAUUUUGUGAAUAUCAGCUGUUUGGUUUUAAAACACUGAUAGGAGAGUAUGUGCAGCAUGAAGUAGCUAAUGAAUGUGGUUCUUAUUUAAGUGUUUGAACUUGCACAGCUGUAAAUAUUGUACAGUGAAGUCCAUAUGUGUUUCUACACUACAUAGCCUUGAACUAAAUCCAGAUAUCUAAGAUUAUGUACAAGAAAGUCAUC